UCAGCCGUCUGCAGAGGAGAGACGGAAGACGGCCACUAUAACCGGAGCGAACUCCGGUCCCCAGCGCCCAUUACAUACGGAUCAGAUUGUCGCUUACAGUCUGCCGGUCAGAACGAGCUCAGUUAUGGGAUAUUAACCCGAAGCGGUGUCGUCUUCAUUUAAAGCUUUGUUUCGUGCUUUACUCGCGGUGAAAUCAUGGCCUGCGCACCGAACCGAGUCCGACUGCUAUGCAUGCUGUCGCUCACCUUCGGCUUUUUCAUUGUGGAGGUGGUGGUGAGCCGGAUCACGUCUUCUCUAGCGAUGCUGUCGGACUCCUUUCAUAUGCUGUCGGACGUGAUCGCCCUGGUCGUGGCUCUGGUAGCUGUGCGCUUCGCUGAGCAGACCCAGUCCACCAACAAGAACACAUUCGGCUGGAUCCGGGCCGAGGUGAUGGGCGCGCUGGUCAACGCUGUGUUCCUCACCGCGCUCUGCUUUACCAUCAUCCUGGAGGCCAUCGAGCGCUUCACGGAGCCUCAUGAGAUCGAAAAGCCCGAGGUGGUGAUUGGGGUGGGGGUUGGGGGGCUGCUGGUCAACCUGAUCGGGCUCUGUCUCUUUCAUGGGCAAGGCGGUGGCGGCGGACAUGGCCAUUCCCACGGAGGACACGGCCACAGCCACGGGGGACUCAAAAAACACAAGAACGGGAAGGUCCGCCGGUGUGAGACGCUGGAGGAUAGUCGGUCCGCGGGCGAGGAGACCAAUAAUCUGGUCGGGAAUCAGAACAACAGCCCCAAUGGCGUUAAUCCGGACAGGAGGAGACCUGGUAAAUCCGAGAUGAGUCAAAGUGACAGCCUGGAUUUGCAGAUUAACGGCAGCGUCCCAUACGAAGAUCUCGAGAAUGGACACGACUCAGCAUCCCAGCUCAACAUGCGAGGUGUGUUCCUGCACGUCCUGGGUGACGCUCUCGGCUCGGUUAUCGUGGUGAUCAACGCCAUCAUCUUCCUGAUGGUAUGGAAUCCGUGCAAGCCGGGCGAAAUCUGUGAAAACCCUUGUGUAGGCAAACAUUGUGCAGGCCAUUCACUCAAUAUCAGCAGUCCUGUAAGUAACAUCACCGGCACAGUGGCGGGACCCUGCUGGGUGCUGUAUCUCGACCCCACGCUCUGCGUCAUCAUGGUCUGCAUCCUCCUCUACACCACAUACCCGUUGCUGAAGGAAUCUGCACUUAUCCUGCUACAGACCGUGCCCAAGCAAAUCGACAUGCAUCAGCUCAACGCUCGCCUGCGGGAACUGGAGGGCGUGUUGGCGGUGCACGAGCUGCACAUCUGGCAGCUGGCGGGUAGUCGUAUUAUCGCCACUGCGCACAUCAAAUGCCAUGACCCCACGUCCUACAUGGACGUAGCCAAGCGCAUCAAGGACUUUUUCCACGACGAGGGCAUCCACGCCACAACCAUUCAACCGGAAUUCGUAACGGUGAAUUCAGAGUCUCGCACUUCUCUCUGCGAGCUUUCCUGUAGAACGCAGUGUGCCCCAAAGCUCUGCUGUGGCGCCACUGAUUCUGCAAAGCCUCCUGACGGAGCUGUAGAUGCAAAGAAACUGUGUGAAGCCAAAACCCCAACGAUAACCAGUACUUCUGCAACAUCUCUGGAGAUCAUCAGUGAGUCUGUGGAGGAAACAAGCAGGCCAGAAACAGUUGUGGUCACCACUAGGGAGGUGGAGUCAUCAUUGUGAGCAGGUUAGAAGGAGAAUGUUCUGUUCUGUUGAGGGUAUCGAUGUGUAUUGGAUCAGCUGACUGAUUUCUGCCAUGCUGUAAGAAAAAUUGAGCCCAAACACACUUAUGAUAACACACACACACACACAAACACACACCAUACAGCCCUAUGUCUCAGAUACCACACCAACAUACAGACAAUAUAAAUAGGCUGGAGAGCAAGGCUGGCGUCCUCUGCAUGUGUGUUUACCGCAUCGUCUGAUUGGUGUGUCCGUGCCAAAGCUUCUCUUCAUACAGGACGUCAAACACUUAUGUCCUUCCUGUGGAUUGUAAUGCAACGACAUGCAAUUUUAACGUUCAGCUGCUGGACCAAGUAAAAAUGUCUGGACCAGUUUUUUUCUAUCCAUCUGUUUUCAGUUUUAUCCUUCACACUUUAUUGUAUGUUUUCUUAGUCAUAUUCAAACUUUCAAUUUUGUGAGAGAUGUAAUAAUUUAUGUAUUUAAGUUAUUGGUAAUUACGUAUUUUUUUCAAAGAGCUUUUUGUAAGAUUAGGUGAUAUAAUAUUAGAGGUUAAAAAAAAAAAAAAUUUUUUUGCUUCUUUCACAAAUGAUCUAUGCUUUAACCGAAAGUAUUUUUAGAUGACGUUUUUCAAAGAUUGCUGUUCAAUCUUUCACUUUUUUUAGAUGAUCUGUUUUAUUAGACAUCAGAAGAUUUGUCGACAGUACUUCACCAUGCCUAUAAUUGAAACUGCUGUGUUAGAGCACUGAAUCUAGUCAGUGUAGGAACUAGACAAACCUUCUCUUUUUGUUUUUUUCUAAAAGCUGAUGCCUUGUUUGUUCUGUUGUUGUCAAUCAAAACAAGAGGUGAAAAUGCUGUAAAAAAAAAUGUUUUUUCGUUGUGGGACUGCUGGAGGGUGACAUGUUUUGUCCAUGCUGUCGAAAAAGUGAAGGGACCUCCUCAGAUUUAAUUUGUGCAUGACCAAAUAUACUUGUGGUUAUAUGGAAAGCUUUGAGAAACCAAGCAAAAUUUGUAAACCAAAAGACAAGGGAGUUGCUUUCUGAAAUACACAGGGAGUAGGCAAGUAGGUUUCGUUUGGGCACAUCAUUUGGGGUGUCGCACAAUCUACUCAGUGGCCUUCAUUGGGGAAAAACAUAUAAUAACAACUCUUCACGACACUAUUUAUAUCUGCAGACUUUAGCAUUUGGUGAAAAUAUGCAAUUUAUGAAAAACAGAAAUACUACUAGUCUUUAUUAUUCGUCGUUUAGUGAAUUUCUUAGAAAUCCUUAGAGGAAAGAUGAGCUUAUGGUAUAAAUGUGCUGACAGAGUGUUUGUAUCACUGAGGAUUUUAAAAGUACCAUGCCAGCGGAAAUGUUUUUGAUAUAUUGCUGUCAGAAGUGUCAUUGUGAAUUAAACAUGCUUGUUUGGUAUACCAUUCAA